ACCAAACAGCUGAAUUCGCUGCAGGUCGACUUGGAAUUUAUCAAGUCCCACCUCAGCGCUGAGGUGUGGCGAAGCCUCGUAGACGAGCUGGUCGACAGGAAAGGCGACCUCGACGAGGAGGCCAGUGUCUCGGGUAAGUCGACCGCCGGUCGGGUCCUCGGACCCGACGAGUCAAGCCCAUCAGCAGACGUGUCCACUCCGGCGUCGUCUGGCCCAGUCGCCGCCGAGUUCCCACUCCCGACAGCCUCAGGAGCCCAGUUUCCCGGGGCUCCUCCGAACGGCGUCGGCGGCGGCCGGGCCACAUCGCCCGCCGGCAGAGCACGUUUGUUCGAGCCGCGGCUUUCCGUCCCCCAACUACUCGGCCCCUCUCCCCUCAGCUGCCUCUCCUCCGCCUCCGCCGCCACCGGCCCGCCCGGCAACACACUGCCACCAGUCGGGGGGACCGAUACGCCCGCUCCUCUGUCGUCGGCCGGCGUCGCCGGAUCGCAUGGUCUGCCUCCGUCUUGUCCACCCUUUUGCGGAGUCGGCUUGGCGAUGCGAAGGCGCUCGAGCUUGAGUCCCUCACUGUCCACUUCAUCAGUCGCCUCCUGUAGACCCGUGUCCCCCAGCAUGACAAUCUCGACGCCCUCUGGCGACGUCUGUCCCUCCACUACUCCCACUCCUCCGGCUCCUCCGGCUCCUCCGCCCAGGCUCUCUGUCCCACCCACAACUCACAACAUUUCUUCGACCCCUCCUCCGCCACCCAUCAAGCACUCCUCUUCUCCCUCCACCUCAUCUUCCUCCUCCUCCUCCUUCUCCUCCUCUUCCUCUUCCGCUUCC